AUGACCAACUCAUUCCUCAACGACGGCAUGCUCAUGCUCUCUAUACCCGGUCCCAGCAGGGAUCCCACGUACUACAUCCACGAUGGAAACAGCGUCCUUUUGGUGGAGAACACGCUUUUCAAGGUUCAUCGCUCUGUUCUCACCAAGGACAAGUCCGCUUUCGAGACCAUGUUCCAGCUCUCAGCAGAAACAGACUCAGCACGGUCGGACUCGAGCAUGACGGUCGCGCAAGAGGGCGAGAGCGACGACAACCCCAUCCGCCUCCAAGGUGAUACUGCGGACGAGUUCCGCGCACUUCUCUGGGCCCUCUACUCCCUGCCCCACGAACUCUCCGUGGCCAUGUCAGCCGACGCCAACAGCACGCAGCUCGCGAACCUCGUCCGCAUCACCCACAAGUACCAGUUCCGCAGUAUCAUGACAUGGGCGUUGUCCGCACUACACGCCUACUGUUCACGGCCGGGCGCGUUCGACGACAUCCUCACCACGACAUCUUCCGCCCCCACCCCGCCCAUACCUGUCAAUCACCCUCCUACCCUCCCAGGUAUCCCCUCGACGUCUACCUCCAGCCCGCCAACUCUCGAACAGCUCACCGAGCUCGCGGCGCUCUGCGAACGUGGAGACCUCCUAGAUGCGACGCUCACCCGCUGGAAGCGGCUCAUCGGCGAAGGCCGCGACCUCGCGCUCGCGGUGACCAUCGGCGAACGCUUCAACCUGCGGCCCAUCGUCGGCCUCGCCUACCACGCGCUCAUGCUGCGCGGGCAGGGCGCGUGGGCGCCGCUCACGCGCGCCCAGCGCGUCCGCAUCCUCGCCGGCUUCUACGCGCUCUCGAAGCUCUGGGACGCGCUGCCGGGCCAGGCGCCGCCGCUGACGCACACCGCGCGUUGCACGAGCCAGCAGCGGUGCGCGAAGGCGUGGGGCGCGCUCUGGCGGACCGUGCUCGAGACGGGGACGCAGGUGAUGCCCGGGCUCGCGCGCGAGGACGUGCUCGGGAAGACGAUGCUGGCGGAGAGCAUGAUGAAGGCGCUCGUGGAUCGCGAGAUCCCGAGCCAGGGCUUCCUGGACGGGAUGCCGCAUUGCAGGGAGAGCGCGUUGCUGGCGACGAGCAUGCGCGUGCGGGAGAUCAAGGAGUCGCUUGCGGACUACUUUUCGGAUGAGUUUUAG